AUGUCCUUCAAUCUCUUUGCAAAUACCCUGACAGCCAAUGGGCUGACUGUACCUUCGGGAACGGUGAGUCUGCCAGCUGGGUCUGUCUCGGCAGCAUCCCUCUCUGGCGUGCUGGCAUCCUCAAACAUCCCCAACCUGUCGGCGUCAAACCUGACUUCGGGGGUCUUUUCUGUAGGUUCUUUUGGCAGUUCUGUGACGCCAAAUGCAACCAACGCGUAUACCCUGGGAACAUCCUCGAAUCAAUGGUCAAACGUCUUUGCAAGUACUGGAAACUUCAGCUCAAACCUCUCAGUGGCGGGCCUCUUGACGGCAUCCAACGGACUGACUGUCUCGGCAGGAUCCGUUUCAUUGCCGAAUGGGUCCAUUACGGCCUCGUCCUUUGGAAGUAUACCCGCAUCUCAGAUCACUUCGGGCACGUUUUCGGUGGGCUCGUUCGGUAGUACGAAUAUCAGCACUACGGGAACCCUGGGGGCUGGGGCUAGCACUCUGGGGGCACUGACUUGCACGACGAUCAGCACUGGAAACAGCAAUAUCACUGUGGAAAGCGGUUCUAUAACGAGCGGUCAGCACAAUCCCACUACCAGUGCAACUUACGACCUGGGUGCUUCUGGAACCACAUGGAGGAAUGCAUAUCUGUCAGGCACGAUAACGGCAAGUAAUUUCGUCGGCCUGCAGAGAAAGUUUUGGAACGCAGGGGCGCUCGGAAUCCAGUCGAUAGCCGCCAACAGCUACUUCAAGUUGGCAACUCUGCUCGAUAGCAGUGAUACUGGCAGCGGACAGGGUCUUCGGAUCGUCGGGCAGCUCGGUGGUUUCGGGAACUCACAGACGGCAACGGUCGACUGCACCAUAGUAUCUCGAGGCAACUUUUAUGUGAAAGGCACGAUCCAAGGCUUCAUUUCAGGGGCCAAGCAGCGCGCUGAUAUCGUCGUUUAUAUGGAGACUAACGGGCAAUACAGCGUCUACUAUUACAACCCCGCACAGUUCUCGGUCUGGGACCUCAGCGUCGAGGGUGGCUUCGGUACGACCCUCUACGAACCCACCUCGACGGCCAUAACAGCCCCUACUGGCACCCUCGUGACUUCAUCGGUGCUGAGCAUCCUCACUACCUCAUCCGAAUUCUCGUCAGGAACGGUAACGACGAGCUUCAACAACUUCAGCUUUUCGAAUUCCGCGUCGUCCGGAAAUCCCGUUUGGAAUCUUAUCGGAUCUUCGAACUCUGGAUCGAUACUGAGCGGCAGUAUCACCAGCGGGCAGCUCAACCCAUCAGCCACAGCAACAUACGACCUGGGGGCGUCCGGCACGGCGUGGAGGAGUGCUUACCUAUCGAGCAACAUAACCGUAGGCGGUGCUAUUACUGGAUCCAACGGCCUGACAAUCUCUGGAGGGACGGUCUCUCUGCCAAGUGGGUCUAUCUCGGCCUCUUCUGUGGGAAAUCUCCCUGCAUCUCAGAUCACUUCGGGCACGUUUUCGGUGGGCUCGUUCGGUAGUACGAAUAUCAGCACUACGGGAACCCUGGGGGCUGGGGCUAGCACUCUGGGGGCACUGACUUGCACGACCAUGAGCACUGGAAACAGCAACAUCACUGUGGGAAGCGGUUCUAUAACGAGCGGUCAGCACAAUCCCACUACCAGUGCAACUUACGACCUGGGUGCCUCUGCAACCGCAUGGCGGAGUGCUUACUUGUCCAGCAACCUGUCGGUCGGGGGUGCUAUUACAGGGUCCAACGCAUUGACAGUAUCCGGAACAGGAACGUUCAGCAGUAACGUCUCCAUUACUGGACCUGCAGCAGUGGCAGGCCUCUUGACGGCAUCCAACGGCCUGACGGUUUCGGCAGGCUCAGUAUCUCUGCCGAGUGCGUCCAUUUCGGCCUUUGCUAUCGGAAGUCUCCCUGCAUCACAGAUCACUUCCGGAGCCUUCUCGGUAGGAACGCAUGCAGUAAACGUGUCGGCCUCCAAUGCUUCGAGUACUCAGUUUGGCCUCAUCAGUGGAGCGACUACAAACACUGCACAAUUCGGCUUGGCGGGAGGUACAGGGGCCUACAGCACGGAUGCUGCGACAGGCGAUGCAAUCCUACGGGCUUACGCCGGCAACCUGCUGCUCCAGAGCGGUGUUGGCGCGUCUGCCAUCUGCAUCAACAGCACUAGCAACUACGUGGGUAUCGGGACCAAGAGCCCUCAGUAUCAGCUGGACGUGGCUGGGACCGUGAAUUCUUCCGGGGCCUUCAAUGCCGCUACUACGGGCGGCCUGAUUGCCAGCGUGAUCAAUAUCGUGAGUGGCACGGCAAGGUCCAUGGGCUCGUUUAUCCUGACAAAAACUUUGACAGGCGGUGCUGGCCCACUGGAUACAGCCAACGUGCAUAGUUACGCAUCUCUGUCUAAUAUUUUUAGUGGUCUGAAUGCUUUCUACAACCUGAACAUCAGCGGUUACAUCAACAUCCCGGCAGCAGCGACCUACACAUUCUCAUCGGUCGGCGUCGACGACAACAUCAGAGUCUUUAUCGAUGGCAGCCUCGUUCUUGGGCAGACUGGUUACACAGCCGGUACCGUGUCACAAAGCACGACCUUUGCAAGUGCAGGUUGGAAGAACAUUCUGAUUGCAUACCAGAACUCGGGCGGCGGGGGUCAGCAAUUCAAGUUGCAAUGGGCUCAGACCACCGGCACGACGUUCGCGGCCACGGACAUCCCGGGAUCCAAUCUCGCCUACGAUCAGACACAACCAAAGCCAUCGGCCUUGGGAGGCCCGUGCUUCAUGGACUGGUACAACAACCGUCUGGGCAUUGGGACCGUCUCUCCGGCCAACAUGCUGCACGUUUCGGGCGGCACAGCUCAAUUCGAUAAUGGCAUCACCGUUGCUGGGACUGUGUCCUUCCCAAAUAGCAGUAUUGCUGCAGCCGCAACAACCGGCACCUUUGCGGCCUCUCAGAUUCCAAACCUCAAUGCCAGCAACAUAAAUUCAGGAACGUUUUCUAUCGGGGCAUUCGGGAGCACAAAUCUUGUUACGACAGGAACGCUAUCAACCGCUGCAGCCACCUUCAGCGGCACUACUACAUGCAGCAGCAACCUCGUCGUUGUCAGCGGCCUAACCUCAUCCAACGGGCUGACCGUCUCCGCUGGAACAAUAAGUCUUCCGGCGGGCUCCAUCGCUGCCGCAUCGACCACGGGUACCUUCACGGCGUCCCAGAUUCCGAGUUUGGAUGCCAGCAAGAUAAAUUCGGGCGCAUUUUCGGUGGGCGGUUUCGGGACCACUGCGAUCACUUGUGGUGCGAUAACGACGAGCAACAGCAACAUCAAUGCAGGGACGGGCCAGUUGACAGCAAACACUGUCACCAUGGGAUCUGGAUCCAAUCUGAGUGUGAAAGCAGCACAAGUAUCCCUAUACAGCGGGGCUGAUCCAAAUAUGGGCGUUAAACUGUGGACGAACAAUUACGAUGGUACGGGUUACGGGGGGAGCAACGAAGGAGGUCUGGCUUCCUGGUGGGGAAUCAGUCUCAGGUGUACUUGGGAUAGCACGGAAAGGCACAUGUUUGACACACGUACCGGUAAUGCCAAUUUUUUGGGUUCUUUGACAGUGGGCACCAGCGGGACCGGAUCAAGUACGUUGAAUGUGACCGGUUCGGCUGCUAUCAGUGGGGCGCUGUCGGCCGGAGCUUGCACCUUUACUGGCACCACAUCACACACGGGAACUGCAACAUUCUCCAGCAACGUCAACGUAUCGACCAGCAUUGCAACCCCAAUUCUUUGGGCCACCAGCAACAGCGGCGUGAACGGCUUCCUGCAAUGUACCUUUGGCAGCACUGGAUUCAUCCAAUACUCGGACGGUGGGACGUACUAUCAGCUCAUGACAAACCCGGGCGACUCCACCGGACAAUUCAACAGCCUCCGGCCUUAUCAGGUAGCUUUGAGCACUGGGAAUGUUUCGAUGGCAAACGGGCAAGUCAACGUCACGCACUCCACAGGAGCGAUAUCAUGUGGACCAGUGACUGCGGCUAGCCUGAGGGGCACAUACCUGGCACUACCGAGACGCUUUUGGAACGCUAUCUCCAUGGGUGCAACCGGCCUGGUCAACGCUAGCAAUGCAUACUACAAGCUCGCGUCUCUUGGCAACUAUAGCUCUGGGGGAACUGCUGGCGGGGUGCGCAUAACCGGGCAUAUUGGCGGGUAUACAUCGGGCCAAGUUGCAACUAUUGACGUGACUCUCGUUUCCAGGGGAGGCCUGUCCAUCAACGGGUCCCUAACGGGCCCCUAUGCGACCGCGAGGAGCUACUGCAAUAUUGCUCUCUACACCACAAACUCUGGCACGACUUUCGACAUUUAUGUCGUCAAUCGGCAGAAUUUUUGCAUCUGGGAUCUAUGUGUAGAGUGCGACCAGCAACAGAACACUCUAUAUGAGCCCAGUACCACCUCCAACACAGCAGCCCCGAGCGGCACGCUCGUGACGGUGGACGUCCUCUCAUAUCUGAACAACGUCACUGACACCACCACCAUGAACGCCCCAAUCACGAGUCUUGGGGGUUACACGUGGUCCACCGGCUCAAAUGUGUGGACGGUGUCUGGCAGCUCCAACAGCGGGUCGAUAUCCUGCGGCUCCAUCUCUAGCUCUGGUAGCGUCAUGUGUGCAGGAUUGACCUCAUCAGCGGGGCUCGGGGUCACCUCACCAGCGGUCGUGAGUAUUGGCAACAUGGUGACCUUCUUGGCAUCGUCGUUGGCGGCUGGGAACUAUCUGCUCGCCGACUUCGGGACUGCACUCUCGGCCAACAACUGCGGUUAUGUCGGCUUCAACAAUACUGCAGGUGCGGGGUCUUCGAGCAACUAUGCCUCGUUUGGAAUGUACGGUUACUCUGUUGGAACGCAGACCUUUAAUGCAUGUGGCAACGGGAAUUUCGGCCUCUACACAACGUCACCCCAGUACCACCUCGACAUCAACGGUUCUGCGAGAGUGCAAACCAACCUAUUGGUGACUGGCACCAUCGGAUCGUCCUCUGCACGGACUGGCAACGUCUGGAUCAACCAAGCCAACACCGGAGCCAUCAGUGCAAACGGAAACACGUGCGACUUUGGGACCAUCACUCCAACUACGGUUGGAGGGUCCGGCUACUGUCUAGGGACGUCUGCACUUCCUUGGGUGGACUUGUAUACGAGCGGCAAGCACUACUCUACCGGAGCGUGCGGCAUGACCGCAAACUCCACCACGGCAUUCACUCCAGCGGCUCCGUUUCACAUGUUUGCAACACCAAACACGGACGACAACACGCUCAUCCUGGGAGCGUCUUCCGCAGGGGCAGGCAUCGUCCUCGAUGAUGUAGUCAAUGCAAAGUGGAAGUUAACAACCGGGGGCUUUUGCCUGAAUUUUUUUCAACAGAGCAGUGGGACGGCCAGUCAAUACACGACGUCUUUCUUCACCAAGCGAGUCUAUUUCGAUAACGGCGGUGUGAUCCACGCACAGAGCACAGCGAUCGCAGCCAUGAGUUCCGAUAAGCGCGUCAAGACGAACAUCCGGCCCGUCACCGGGGCGCUAGACAGGAUAUGCGGGAUGACGGGGCGCGUCUUCGACUACAAAUUCCCGGAAGCUCACAACGGCGACAAGGGCGUGACGGGCUUUAUCGCCCAAGAAAUCGACGAGGCCUUUCCGGAGCUGUCCUGUGCGGGAACAGCACAGUGCAAGGAGGAAGAAGAGCUGUGCCCGGAUGGGGUCAAGUCAUACGGCAUCGGGGAUGCCUUUCACGCAAACAUGGUCGAAGCCGUAAAGGAGCUUCGGGCACAAAAAGACCGCGAGAUCAAAGAGCUCAAGGAUAUGGUAGCAUCACUCGUUGUACAGGGGGCCGACCUGGAGAAUAGGCUUGGCAUCGGAGAGUCCCUGGUCAAGGUGUGGUCUUCUGAAGAAGCCUUCCCGAUCCUUAUUGACGAGGCUGCAGAGUUCCUCAAGUACGAGACUAGGGUGGGAGCGAUUUGCAAGCUCACGGCUCUCGCACUCGAGGAGGGAAGGGAUUACGUUCGUCGGGCAGGCCGCAACUCCGAGGAGGUAACUGCAGCCAACACCGCGGCAAGGGGAGCGUGA